GGAACCUGCGCGAGAGGCGGAGGGAGGGAGUGUCCGCCGAGGGGCGGGGGCUGUUGGAGAGGAGUAACCCAGGUACUAGGAGAGGAUCCACCCGGGAAUGGGUUAUUCUGGAGAGCAGAUCUGACUUAGCAUAGGUGCUCCUGAGACGAUGCCUGCCUGCUCUUCCCUUCCUCUGUCCAUUCCACUCUACCUCCCUUCAUCCCUCCCAUCCUUUCUCCCAUACUAAUUCAGGCCAUAGUAAGACUGCCCUUUAGCCUAGUGUAGAGGCUGAAGUUUAAUUUUGCAACAAGGUUUGGAGAGAGGAAGAAGGGGAAAGAGCACAGAAAAUAAGAAAGUGGGCUUUGGAGUACCAUAUUCAACCCCAGUUUCUCCCAGAAGAAUCAGCAGCAGCCUUCCUUGAAGAACUGCCUUUCCCAUUAGCUGCCUGGAGUUAACAUUGUUUCCUGCUGGCAGAAUCAGGGACAUGCCAGUACUAGCGGGAUGAGUGGGUGUUCCAGUGGGGAUGUGGUCAUUGAUGGCCAGUGAGGAGAGCACCACGGCCCACUUCUUCCUUGGAGCUGGAGAUGAGGGGCUGGGCACCCAUGGAAUAGGCAUGAGGCCAGAAGACAGUGACAGCGAGCUCCUUGAAGACGAGGAGGAUGAAGUGCCUCCUGAACCUCAAAUCAUUGUUGGCAUCUGUGCCAUGACCAAGAAAUCCAAGUCCAAGCCAAUGACUCAAAUCCUGGAGAGACUCUGCAGAUUUGACUACCUGACUGUUAUUAUCCUGGGAGAAGAUGUGAUCCUCAAUGAGCCUGUGGAAAACUGGCCAUCUUGCCACUGCCUCAUCUCUUUCCACUCCAAAGGCUUUCCUCUGGACAAAGCUGUUGCUUACUCCAAGCUUCGAAACCCCUUUCUUAUCAACGAUCUGGCCAUGCAGUAUUACAUUCAAGAUAGGAGGGAAGUGUAUCGGAUCCUACAAGAGGAGGGUAUUGAUUUGCCACGGUACGCUGUUCUCAACCGUGACCCUGCCCAGCCUGAGGAGUGCAACCUGAUAGAAGGUGAAGACCAGGUGGAGGUCAAUGGAGCGGUCUUUCCCAAGCCCUUUGUGGAGAAGCCAGUGAGUGCAGAGGACCACAAUGUUUACAUCUACUAUCCCAGCUCAGCAGGAGGAGGAAGCCAGCGCCUCUUCCGUAAGAUUGGCAGCCGCAGCAGUGUUUACUCUCCAGAGAGCAGCGUCCGGAAGACAGGGUCAUACAUCUAUGAGGAGUUUAUGCCAACAGAUGGCACAGAUGUCAAGGUGUACACAGUGGGGCCAGAUUAUGCCCAUGCUGAAGCUAGAAAAUCUCCAGCCCUGGAUGGGAAGGUUGAACGAGACAGUGAGGGGAAAGAGGUUCGAUAUCCAGUCAUGCUGACUGCCAUGGAAAAGUUGGUGGCCAGGAAGGUCUGUGUGGCUUUUAAGCAAACAGUUUGUGGAUUUGACCUUCUUCGUGCCAAUGGUCACUCUUUUGUGUGUGAUGUCAAUGGCUUUAGUUUUGUUAAGAACUCCAUGAAAUACUAUGAUGACUGUGCCAAGAUUCUGGGGAACACCAUUAUGCGGGAGCUUGCCCCCCAGUUCCAGAUACCAUGGUCCAUCCCCACAGAGGCUGAGGACAUUCCCAUUGUCCCUACUACAUCUGGCACUAUGAUGGAACUUCGUUGUGUCAUUGCAAUUAUCCGUCAUGGGGAUCGUACUCCCAAGCAGAAGAUGAAGAUGGAGGUGACACAUCCAAGGUUUUUUGCUCUAUUUGAAAAACAUGGGGGAUACAAGACAGGGAAAUUGAAACUCAAACGACCUGAACAGCUCCAGGAGGUGCUGGACAUAACAAGGCUGCUGUUGGCUGAGCUGGAGAAAGAGCCAGGCGGUGAGAUUGAGGAGAAGACUGGGAAGCUAGAGCAGCUGAAGUCCGUGUUGGAGAUGUAUGGCCACUUCUCAGGUAUCAACCGGAAGGUGCAAUUGACUUACUACCCUCAUGGAGUGAAAGCUUCUAAUGAGGGCCAAGAUCCACAGAGGGAGGCUCUGACACCAUCUCUCUUACUGGUGCUGAAGUGGGGUGGAGAACUAACACCUGAUGGCCGAGUACAGGCUGAGGAGCUGGGGAGAGCUUUUCGCUGCAUGUACCCUGGAGGCCAGGGUGACUAUGCUGGCUUCCCUGGUUGUGGGCUGCUUCGGCUCCACAGCACUUUCCGUCAUGACCUCAAGAUCUAUGCCUCUGAUGAGGGCCGUGUCCAGAUGACUGCUGCUGCCUUUGCCAAGGGACUCCUGGCUCUAGAAGGGGAACUGACACCUAUUUUGGUUCAAAUGGUAAAGAGUGCCAACAUGAACGGGCUCCUAGACAGUGACAGUGACUCCUUGAGUAGCUGCCAGCACCGGGUGAAGGCUCGGCUGCACCACAUUUUACAGCAGGAUGCACCCUUUGGCCCUGAGGACUAUGAUCAGCUGGCUCCCACUGGAAGCACUUCCCUGCUCAAUUCCAUGACUUUAAUCCAGAAUCCUGUGAAGGUCUGUGAUCAGGUAUUUGCCCUGAUUGAAAACCUUACCCAUCAGAUCCAGGAACGAAUGCAGGAACCCAACUCUGUAGACCUGCAACUCUACCACAGUGAGACAUUAGAGCUCAUGCUACAGCGUUGGAGCAAGCUGGAGCGUGACUUUCGACAAAAGAGCGGACGCUAUGAUAUCAGUAAGAUCCCUGAUAUCUAUGACUGUGUCAAGUAUGAUGUGCAGCAUAAUGGAAGUCUGGGACUUAAAGGCACAGCAGAGUUGCUACGUCUCUCGAAGGCACUGGCUGAUGUAGUCAUUCCCCAGGAGUAUGGAAUCAGUCGGGAUGAGAAAAUGGAAAUUGCUGUGGGCUUCUGUCUUCCACUGCUGCGGAAAAUACUACUUGACCUGCAGAGAACCCACGAGGAUGAGUCUGUCAACAAGCUACAUCCCCUGUAUUCCCGUGGAGUGCUCUCCCCAGGCCGCCAUGUUCGAACACGCCUCUAUUUCACCAGUGAGAGUCACGUCCACUCCCUUCUCAGUGUCUUCCGUUACGGGGGACUUCUGGAUGAGACCCAGGAUGCACAAUGGCAGCGAGCUUUGGCUUAUCUUAGUGCCAUCUCAGAGCUCAACUACAUGACCCAGAUUGUUAUCAUGCUUUAUGAGGACAACACACGGGACCCUUUAUCAGAGGAGCGGUUCCAUGUAGAGCUGCAUUUCAGCCCUGGGGUGAAGGGUGUGGAAGAAGAAGGUAGCGCCCCAGCUGGCUAUGGAUUCCGUCCAGCCUCUUCUGAGAAUGAGGAGAUAAAAACAGAUCAAGGCAGCAUGGAGAACCUGUGCCCAAGAAAGGCAUCAGAUGAGCCCGACCGGGCAUUGCAAACCUCACCUCAGCCUGCUGAGGGCCCUGGCCUCCCAAGGAGAUCACCCCUUAUUCGUAACAGAAAAGCUGGCUCCAUGGAGGUCAUGAACAUGCAGUGCACGGGGAACCUGGACCUGAUCCCUUUGAGGGGACGGCGCCGCCGGAGGUCAGGAGACCUCCCCCGGCCUUCCCCAGCCAUCGGCCUACAGCCCCGGGCUGUGUCCACCACUUACCUGGCGUCCUGCACACAGGUUCUUUCUGAGACUUCAUCUUCAAGGCCUGGUGGCUACCGGCUCUUUUCAUCUUCCCGGCCUCCAACAGAGAUGAAGCAGAGUGGCCUAGGCUCACAGUGCACAGGGCUGUUCAGCACUACGGUGCUGGGUGGCUCCUCCAGUGCUCCGAAUCUUCAGGACUACGCCCGCAGCCAUGGCAAAAAGCUCCCACCUGCCAGUCUGAAGCACCGAGAUGAGCUCUUGUUUGUCCCGGCCGUAAAACGAUUUUCUGUGUCGUUUGCAAAGCAUCCGACUAACGGAUUUGAAGGGUGCUCCAUGGUACCUACCAUCUACCCCCUGGAAACUCUGCAUAAUGCCCUUUCUUUGCGUCAAGUGAGUGAAUUCUUGACCAGAGUCUGCCAGCGCCACACUGAUACCCAUGCACAGGCAUCUGCAGUCCUUUAUGACUCUCUGCACAGCAGCCAGGCCUCAGACAGCCCGUUUUCCCCACCCCGUACUCUUCAUUCCCCACCCCUGCAACUUCAGCAGCGCUCCGAGAAGCCCCCUUGGUAUAGCAGUGGCCCUUCUAGCACUGUGUCCAGUGCUGGUCCUUCCUCCCCUACUGCAGCGGAUGGUAGCUCCCAUUUUGGCUUCAGUGAUCAACCUUCUGUAAAUGUACAUGUGGCUGAAGAAAAUCAAGAUCUUGGGCUGCUCCAGGAGACUUCUGGAAAUGGAAUACAGGAGUUCCCCAUGGAAGGACAGCAAGUGCUUUUUGAACCAAACCAGUCCUCUCGGGAGCCACUUGUGGAAACCAGCCAUCCAGGAGGUCAGGUUGUUACCAAAGAUGUCAUCCAGACAUGCCAGGAGACCUCAGAUGUCACACAGAUAUGCCAUGACAUCCUUGAGGAGGUUAUCCAGCCAUGCCAGGAAAUCCUUGAGGUCAGCCAGCCUAGCCUGGUGGUCUCUGACAUCAACCAGCCAUUGCUGAAGAGCCACGACACUGUUACCAACACAUGCCAGCCAUGCCAGGAAGUCAGUCAACAGGCCCAGAAAGCCUGUGAGGAAGUUUGCCAACAUUGUCAGGAGAAUCCAGAAAAAACCAACCAACCAUAUCAGAGGUUCCUUAUGGAGGAUGGCAGACUAGUCCAUGGGUUCCCUAUAAGGGUUGGAGGCUUGGCCCAGGAAACCCUUAAGGAAUUUGGCAGGCCAACCCAAGAGAUUCCUGAAGAACUCAGCCAACCAUGUCAGGAGUUCUCUGAGGAGGUUGACAGGCUGGGUCAGGAGGUUUCUGCAAUCAGUAUGUUGCUUCAAGACAUCCCUGAGGUUGAAAAACCAUCCCAAGAGGUCACUAGGGAGACUGAUCUGCAGAUUCAGGUAGCCCCUGAGAAGAUUAAUUAGUAGUCUUGGGUGGUCCCUGAGAUUGUUGAUCAGCUGCCUGGUGAAGAUUCUCCCCAAGUCCACUAUCUGUCUAGUGAUUCAAACCCUCACAGCCAAUCUCUAGGCUAUGGCCAGCACUCAUCCCUUCCACCAGCAACAUGUAACUAGCCAUUUUCUCAUUAGUGAUAUCACACUGUACCAGCCAUUUGAAAUAGCAGCUUUCUCUGUUGGCUGCUGGCUAGAGUAAGGCCUUAGCUCAUACCAGAGUGUCUGAGGAAGCAGUCCUCAUGGCAUGAAGUAUACCUGUGCCAGAGUUAUGCCUUGAGAGGAGCAAGUUCGUGUUCAAAGCAACCACAUCUGUGCAAGUUGAAUGUCUAACUUGAGCAUUACUUAACCUACUGUGAGCAUCACAAGAAGUCCUAGAUGGUUAAAAGAAAUUCACUUAACUGCUAAAGACACUGGGGUGGGGGAGGAAAGCAAAUGCAAAAUGGAGAGUUAUAGGGCCCUUGCUUUUUAAGGGAAAUAAUCACAAUAUCUCGAGGUACCCUUAGACCAUAUGUGCAUUCAAGGGAACUCUUGUCUUUACUGACACUGUUGAGAUGGUCCCAAGAUGGGCCAUCUGAAAUGUCUGGAAAAGAGUUCCAUCCCAAACAUCUUUCAUGACUACUAAUCUUUUAUACUUGGCUUAUGGGUGUUUUCAUGCAUCUCCCAGGGCCCCCUUUGUCCCAGUCCUGUUCCUCUGGACAGUGGCUCUAGGAAGAAGUAGGUAUUCGAUUGCCAUGAAGUGCCCAGAGGAUCUAUUUAAAAUGUUCUGGGGCUGCUGGGCAUGGUGGCACAUGCUGUUAAUCCCAGCACUCGGGAAGCUGAGGUAGAGGAUCGUUGUGAGUUCGAGGCCAUCCUGAGA